GAAGAACAGAGGAGUGUGAAAUUGAAGCCAUGGUUCCUUGUUUACAAGGCAUAGAUAGUGAAUUACCUCUUAAUGAGAAUGAUUCACAAGAUAUGGUUCUAUAUGAAGUUCUAAACGAAGCCAUGGCUAUCAGAAAUCCAUGGUUUUUGCCUACCAGAGACACAGUUCACAACGGAGCUGGCCUUGAACCAACCCGGGAAGUCGGAAAGAAGCACUACAGGGGGGUAAGACGCCGGCCGUGGGGGAAAUACGCCGCUGAAAUUCGUGACUCAACGCGACACGGUGCGCGUGUAUGGCUCGGCACGUUUGAUACUGCAGAAGACGCUGCUUUGGCUUAUGAUAGGGCUGCAUUUAAGAUGAGAGGAGCUAAGGCGCUACUGAAUUUCCCAGCUGAAGUUGUGGUUUCUGAAUCUGUUCAUCGAGUAUUGAAGCCCAAUUCUAGUAUUGAAAGAGUGAUUAAGGAGGGCUCGAGUUCGACUUCAAGUGGGGUUACAAAGGUGGAAGAUCAAUUGGAAUCGGAAAACAGUUCAGUUGUGGAAUUGCAGGAUUUGGGAUCAGAUUACUUGGAGAAGUUGUUAAAGGUUUCUGAGAUUGAAGAAGGAUUCUCUCCUUCAUCUUCCUCUUCUUCUAGUUCAUUAAUUAAUCCUGAAACUUGAUUUGAAGAAUUUUUUUUCUGUUUUUUUCACUUUUGAGAAAAAAGUGUUUGAAG